AUGGCUUCCAUCCGCGUGCUGUCGUUCGAUGCUGAGGGCCGCCCUGUGCGGUUCACCGCUUGGCUAGAUGACCUGCAGCUGUUCCUCCUGAGCGAUAGCAAGGAGCAUGUGUCGCUCUAUGAUUACGCGUCUGGUGCUGCGCCUGCCCCUCCUGCCACAGCUGAGCUUAGUGUUCGUUCCCACUGGCAGACUCGUGACGCAGCUGCUCGCCUAGCCAUUCGCAGUCACCUGCCGUUAGCUGAGCUAGAGCAUUUUGGCGACUGCAAAUCCGCUAAGGCCCUGUACGACGCUGUCGUCGCUCGCUACUCCUCGCCUGCCACAGCCGAGCUUAGCCGCCUCAUGCUGCCGUACCUGUUCCCCGAUCUGUCCACCUUUACUACAGUCGCCGAUCUUAUCACCCACCUUCGCACUAGUGAUGCUCGCCUGCGUGCCGCCCUUCCCACCGAGUUCUGCGCUAAGAACCCCCCUCCACUGUACUGGACACUCCACUUCAUAGUCACCCGUCUCCCUGACACCCUCCGCUCAGUUCGAGACCACUUCCUUGCUCGCUGUCCCACUGAGCUCACAGUCGCCCUCCUAGAGGAGCACCUGCUCGCGGCCGAAAAGAGCAUUGUAGCUGUUGGUGCUGCUCGUGGCGCUCCUCGCACCCCCAUCUUUGAGGGGUGUUCUCCCUCUCCCCUCGCUCCCUCCUACGCUGCUGCUGCUGCUGUUGACUUCCUUGGUGCUGAGUCUGUUGGCGCUGCUUCUACUCCUGGUGGGAGGCGCCGCACCGGCAAGGGCAAGGGGGGCAAAAGUGGUGGUGGUGGCGCUGGGGGGGGAGGAGGUGGGGGAGGGGGGGGGGGGGGGGGGGGGGGGAGGCGGUGCUGGAGGGAGCGGUGGCGGGAGCGCUGGUGGGAGUGGGGUCGGUGGUGGAGACGGGGGCGGCGGAGGAAGCAGUGGCAGUAG